AGAGAAAACGAAAAUAAAAUUAUUUGGAAGUGCGUAGAGUAUAUUGCAAAGAAAUGUCGCGGUCGAUUACAUUCAUUUGGACAAAGUGUAGUUCAUACUACUGAACAUAACCAUGUGGCCGAUAUUGCCAAAGUUGAAGCUAAAAAAGCAAUGGCAAGACUUAAAAAUAUUGCAAUAACUACUCAACUUAGUACCCAUUCUGUAUUAGGAACACUGACAUUACAGGUACAUAAUUUAUAAACAUAAUAUAAAAUUUUCAAAUAAUUAUUUUUAGUUUAUGAUUUUAGACCACUUCCAACAUAGCUGGACAAUUUCCGAGUACAACAGGAUUAAAACGAACAAUUCAACGAGUUAGAAAAAUAGAAAGAUCAGCUCCUCCUGAUCCAAAAUCAGUAACUGAACUCAAAAUACCAGAUAAUUACACAAAAACUUCAACCGGUGAGCUUUUUUUAAAAUAUGAUAGCAUUGAUUACGAAAAUAACUUAGACCGGUUUUUAAUUUUUACUACCGACAACAAUUUACAAUUGAUGGAACAAUGUGAACAUUGGUUAUGCGAUGGUACAUUUUCUUGCGUACCUAGUAUUUUCCACCAACUCUAUACUAUUCAUGGAAUAAAUUAUUCAAAAGUUGUACCAGCUGUUUAUAUACUUCUUCCUAAUAAAAAAGAAGAUACUUACAAACGUAUGUUUUUAGCAUUAAUAUUUUUAAAACCACAGCUUAAUCCAAAAUCAAUGAUGUUUGAUUUUGAAAAAGCUGCUAUGAACGCUUCAAAAUAUGUUUUUCCAUCAAUUAACAUUAAAGGGUGUUUUUUCCAUUUAACACAAUCUAUUUGGCGACAUGUACAAUCAAAUGGGCUACAAGUUAGGUAUACAAACGAUUCAAAUUUUGCACUCGAAUUAAGAAAACUAGCAGCCUUAGCUUAUGUACCUGAAAAUAAUGUAAUUUCAGCAUUUGAAUCUCUGUUGGAUUCCGAGUUUUAUAGAGAAAAUGAAGAGAGUCUAUCAGGUUUAAUCAACUAUUUUGAAGACACAUGGAUCGGAAGACCCUGCCGGAGAGCGAGAAGAGCCCCUUUAUUUUCUAUAAAUGUAUGGAAUUGUUAUGCAUUAUUAAAGUAUGAUAUUCCACGAACUAACAAUUCAGUCGAGGGUUGGCAUAAUUGUUUUAGUUCGAUGUUAAGUUCUCGUCAUCCAUCUAUUUGGAUUUUUAUCGACUCACUGAAAAAAGAAGAAAGCUUAAACCGUCUAAAAGUUGAACAGUAUAUUGCUGGCAUCAAACCUCCGAAAAAGAAAAAAUACAAAGAUUCUGCAAUUUGACUUAAAGCCAUAUGUGAUGAUUAUGAAAAUCGAUCAAUUAACGACUACCUGCGUGGAAUUUCGUAUAACUUCCAAUAUCAAUUGACAUAAAAAUACAAUUUAUUAUUUUAUUUAUUACAACAUUUUUAAUUAUUAUUAUUUU